GCCGUUGUUUCAUUUGCGCCAUUUUGUCUGCUCACUUUGUUGAUUGGGCUUCCGCGAGCAACAGCAGAGCCAAUCAGAGGGAAACCGGACAGCGGAGACACGGUAAGGGAGACCCUAUUGAAGGCAUUGGUAGUUGUCAGCACGGAUUGGUUUACUAUGGACCAACCAAAUUACUAACCUUGCUAAGUGCAAAAAAUGGACCGUCGGUUUGAUUUGGACCGCUGCGUUUCUGUCUGGUUUGGCAACAAAUAUGUCUGAGUCUCCGAUGUGGGCUUCGGAGUGGAAACAUGAUCUCUGGUAGACGUCGAGCCUUAGCUAGCAUGAGCUAGUUUGCUAUAGUCUCAAACAAAGGAGUGGAUCCAAAUGCUCAACCUCUCAGUAAAUAAUUCCUCUAAAUGCACCCAGCACAUCAUAAAAACACUCAACCCAGUCAGAACCAGCGAUACCAGUCUGUCUCUUCACUGGCCCACGUUUGAAGUCGUCCGUUUUUACCUCGCAUUUUAGCCUAUAAGCGCUAGCCUUGUUAGCUUUUCGUAGUAUUUGUUAAAAAUGCUGUUUAGAGAAAGAAAGCAGCUGGCGUGAACAUGAUCACACAGCGCGGGGCUGGCAAAUGGAUUCCUCAAUGCAAAUAUGGCUUUUUACAUUUUAUGGCAUCGGUUGGCGCGUAAAAAUAUGAAGAAAAAGGGCCCCAAUAUUAUAAGUAAUGACUCACGGAAACAAUGGGCUGACAUCAGUAAUGUCAGAAAGACAAACAAACAACGACAAAACCCCAAAACAAUCGUGUUUAUUUCCGCAAGUGCUUAUUUUUAAGUGGAGAGUAAAGAAAUGUGUUCCUAAUAUGUUUCCCCCCUCCAUGUUUGGUAAUGAAGAGGACAAAAUAUAAGGAACACUCUGCAGCAUUACACUCCUCAUUACACUAACACCACCCUCUACAUCUUAAGGUGUAAAGAACACGCAUCCUUUCUCAGAUCAUGUCUGCAAAAGCUGAAAAAUCAGAAACUUGUUGUCAAAUCUGUAGUCAAGCCGUUCUGGGGGAUUGCAUCAGAGGCCCUGGGUGUUCACUAUGUUAUGGCCUGUCACUGCUCAUCAUUCAUUGCCAAUACUGUCUCUUUCCUCAGUCUUCAUAGAGGAUUGUGAUAAUAACAAGCCAUGGAGCAGUACACCACUGCCACCACUACCACAGGGGAGCAGAUUGUUGUGCAGACUGCCAAUGGACAGAUCCAGCAGCAGGUAAGGCGUUAGUUUCCCCUCAUAAUGUUGAUUUUGAUGAGAGAAUAUUUUCCUGCCAAGCCUUCAAAUAUUUAUUUGUGAGUUUCCAGGAUGCCCAGCUGGAGAACAGUUCAGUGGACUCCAUAAUCACUCAGUUUUCUUGAUCAUUACUUAUCUGGAACUGUAUUGUCCUGCCUUGCCUGCAGACACAGGGCACAGUGACCGCUGUGCAGCUGCAAACAGAGGCGCCGGUGGUGACUGCCUCAGGCCAGCAGGUGCAGACACUCCAGGUAGUGGUGUCACCGCCGCCCUGUGUCAGUGCCACGACAGUGUUGCAGCCUGCAAGUUUGCAUGCUCCAACAAGGGCUGUUUUCAUGACCCAUUGCAGUGCUGUUUGGUCCACCCCCCACCCCCACACUCCGCAUGUCUUGCAGCUGCCUGAACUGCAUGUUCCUCAGCACACAGUGGUUGUGUGUCAGCCUUGGGUUUACGCUUGUGCUGUCGUAGUUGUCAAAAGACUACUGUUUGUCCGAGUUGUGUUUGUCUCAUGCUUUUAAAAGCAAAUUUCACAAUUCAUUUGUUGUUCUUAUCAAUCAGGAGAAAAACUAUUUGAUACCUAAGUCAUUUGGAAGCUUAUUUUGUUGGAAAAAAAAAAAGAACCAAAAUGAACACCAGGAAUGUCACCUUUUUGUCACCACCAUAAGUUUUUUAUUCUUGUUUUAUUGCAAAAUGCCAUUGUUCGUCACCCUUUUCUGCAAUACAACUAGAGACCACCAGUUUGUGAUGCUACUUAAUUUAAUUCCUGACUCAAACACAUUCCUCUUCAUGUCUGAGGUAGGAGAUUGUUUUCCAUUCAGUGUCUGGAAGAGCCCAGUGAAUAGAAACAUCCAAUCAUAAUGAUAUUGUUGACGUUCCAGAGAUGAUGCAAAAACAAGUAGUUGUUUCAGGUAGGCCCCAUUAAAAUCUCAAGAUCACAGGUCCAUGUAUUGAAAGUAACAAAUCAAAAUUGUGUUACUGACAGCAAGUACUUAAGCCAGUUAGAAGGAACCCAUAGUUAUCCAAUGUUGUUCAAAGUUACUGUUUAUAAAACAAAGACAGGCACGUUACAAGUUAUCUGUUAUUGUCAUUGUACAUGCAUGUUAGUGAAGUUGCAUAUGUAUAGAUUAAUUUAACUGACGUCUUUUAAAUCACAUUUUCAGGGACUCAAUUGUGCUUGUUGGUGUUUUUCAGCAAAGUGAGAUGGAGGAUUUGUUUUAAAUUAAUUAUAGAGACACUUGGGAUUAUAGGGUUUAUAAUUAAUCCAUGUGCUAUAGAUUUGUUUUGUUUGUACUUGCCAAUACUGAUUUACAACAAAUCAUCACAUUGUUUUAUCUAAGAUCUUGUGCAGUUCUGGAUGUUCCUCGUGUGCCAUCAUUUGCUUGCAGUUGCGUGAAUCCCAAGCAAGUGUUACUCUGGUGUAAGUAGAAAACCCUUUUAGUGCUGCUGUGACAGCUUUGUCUUUCUCUCUGCAGGUCCAGGGACAGCCUCUGAUGGUCCAGGUGAGCGGUGGGCAGCUCAUCACAUCAUCGGGACAACCCAUAAUGGUACAGGCCAUGUCAGGGGGUCAAGGCCAGACCAUCAUGCAGGUCCCUGUGUCAGGAGCUCAAGGACUACAGCAGGUAAAGGACAAGGCACCAUUGUUAUUGUAGAUCAGAUUUUGAGUUUGAACUGAUCUGGUUAGAUUUUUGAGAAACAUACAAAAUUUACAGUCUGGCUGAAAAACCCAACAAACAAAUCCAUCUGUGGUUUGUCACUUGUGUUUAGAUCCAGCUGGUGCAGCCGGGCCAGAUCCAGCUGCAAGGGGGUCAGACUCUACAGCUCCAGGGCCAGCAGGGUCAGCCCCAGCAGAUUAUCAUCCAGCAGCCCCAGACUGCCAUCACGGCUGGACAGAACCAGGUUUCAUGCAGUAAACACAAUUAACAAUCCGUUUGAUCUUAAAAUUAUUGAUGUCAAUACUGAGUGUUGCUCUGCUCUUGUGUGGUCUUACAGGGUCAGCAGAUAAGUGUGCAAGGCCAACAGGUGGCACAAACAGCCGAUGGACAGACCAUUGUUUACCAGCCUGUCAAUGCAGAUGGCACCGUGCUGCAGCAGGGUACACUCAGUUUUCUCUCUUGUUUUUAGUGUGCCUUCUGCUCUAAAGACUCUCUGAUCCGAUGCACUGUUGAGAUGUCUAUUUGAAUAAUAAUUGUGAUUAUAAUCUAUUGGUAGGAAUGAUUACAAUUCCAGCUGCCAGCUUGGCAGGCGCCCAGAUCGUGCAGGCAGGGGGUGCCAACACCAACACGACCAACAGCGGCCAAGGCACUGUGACCGUCACCCUGCCCGUCUCCGGUAACAUGGUUAAUGCAGGUGGAAUGGUCAUGGUAAGACCCUGUGCAGAGGUACCCAGCAUCUUCUUAUCUUUUCUUUUUUUAUUCACAAGGGUGUGUGUUGUUGUUUCUCUUUCCCACUUGAAACUCUACAUAUGUGGUGGAGAUGUGUAAUUUUCUGCAAGUAAAAUUAAAUUUCCUAUUUAUCAAGAGUAUAUUGAUGAUACUUUAUUCUGUUUGUAGAAUUGGAAAACUGUAUUGAAAAGAUGAUUGAACUAACCCUACAUUUGACUGUACACUAUAAACAGAUAAAUUCUAUUUGUGGUCAAGUGUAUUUCAUUUACUGUGUUAAAUACAGAGUGUUUUAUUAUCCCUUCUUAGCACCUACAAUCACCCACACCUGUUUUCUUUUAUUUAGUUUUAUUAUCCUUCUAUCAACAUUGAAUUCAGAGCUUUGUCUUGAGGAUUCUUAUCAGUUGUAACAUAAAUAAUUUUCAACUUACCGUAAAGGCUCAUUGGCAAGUCUUUUAAUGAAUGACUUGGGAAUACCAAUGUGAGUGUGUAUGACCUUAAAGAAGAGCUUUUAAACUUAAGGCUGUGUGUAUAGUAUACUUAAUAUUUCUAUUAGAUAACCACCUUGUAUUGGAUAUAUUCUAAUUAAAUUGUCUGCAGGAGAGGUCCUAAGCAUUGCAUCCCUGUUUUCUGUCUCAUCCUCUUAUCAGAUGGUGCCUGGAGGCGGUGGAGUUCCCACAAUGCAGCGUAUCCCUCUGCCAGGGGCUGAGAUGCUUGAAGAGGAACCUCUAUAUGUCAAUGCAAAACAGUACCACCGCAUCCUGAAGCGAAGACAGGCCAGAGCCAAGCUGGAGGCUGAGGGCAAGAUUCCAAAAGAAAGGAGGGUAAGAAUUUGACCACACAAACGCUGGCACAGGGGAGUUUUCUUCCUCACUAUCUGGUUUGGAUAAAUGCAUUUUAAUUAGGCUCUUAUUUCUCUCUUUACUGGCUCCUGGCUCAUUUUGUUUUUAUACACUUUUACUCUGUAGAAAUACCUCCAUGAGUCGCGCCACCGUCAUGCCAUGCAGCGUAAACGAGGGGAUGGAGGACGUUUCUUUUCACCUAAAGACAAGGAGGAAAUGGCUUUGGCUCUGGCACAGGUAAUGUUUUCAGUCUGUAAUGAAAUAAGAUGCCGUUUUACUUGAAUCUGUCAUUAUUUUGACUUGGUUGGCCUAUUAAUUGAAACUAAUAAUCUUCUCUCCUCUUGUGCAGCAGCAGCAGGAUGUGUCCCAGGCAGUAGCAGAUGAGACAGUGGCUCAGAUGAUCAGAAUCACAUAGCACUCAUAGCCAACAUCAUCACUUCCUUCUGUCUGAGAGUCUUCACCCCAGUUUACCCACCUGCCCAACCUCCCUUCAACCACAGCACUGCCACUAGGGUAUCUCUUGUCUUCUUCCCGCUCUUGUGCUGGUCUUCCAUGGAGCUGGCCACACACAGCAGCUGAGGCUGCAGUUCUAUUCGGUCGUCUCUCCUGAAGUGGCGGAUGCUUCCACGUUUGUCUUAUCUGGUCAAGCACAUAAGACUAGAUUUUUAUUCUCAUGAGGAUUUGUUUGGACAUUGAGGACAUUGAUUUUUGUUACUUGGAAACUAUGAAGCCAUUCUUUCCAACUGAUUUGUUUGCAAGAUGAGAAUUUGUCUGCUUUUAAAUAUUGUUUUUUUUUUUCCUUUUUUUUUGUAAAUGGUACAUAAUUAUUUCAGGGACACUACAAUUGUAAAUGAUACAUUUGUGUCCUUUAUCUUUGUGUCAUGCCUUGUUUUUUUUUAAAACAUUUCCCUUUUGUCUGUGUACUGUGGGGGACAGAUUUAACAUCAACCGAACAAAAAACUGAAAUGUGAAACCAAUGUGAAGAUAUUGUACAUAAAGUCUCUUCUUCCCCAGCGUAAUACUAUUUUGACCGAUUUCAGGAGGAAUUUUUUUAUUAUUAUUCUGUGGAUAAACAUAGUGUUUGUAUAAAACAUAACUUGAUGGCUUCAUACUACACUUUCCUUCCAUGUAGACAUUACUUCAUUGGUGAGUAUACCCAAGUGUUGUUGUUUUUUUUUUUCAUUUUAGAUAGCACAGUUUUUUACUCACCAGAUGAAGUUUUGCAAGUAUGUCCGUAAUAAAAAAAAAUAGGACAUUGAAUUCAUCAAACAUAUGGAUUAAAUUUUUUAUGUGAUUAGAGGUUA